GAAGAUGCAAUAGCCGCGUCAAAUUGAUACCACACUUAUCAACAGUCAUCGGACCUGUUUCACAACAGUACUCACUCGCCUCUUGCUACAGACACGCGCACAUUUAUAUAAUUUAUUAUAAUAAAAUUUACAUCGAAAACAUCUCGACGAUAUUUUUAAGAUCCUCAGCUGCUGGAUAGAUUCAAAUUGGAGAUGUCUUACGGCAUCGAGAGAUUCUUCUUGCUGUCUUACUGCUUGGCCUGCUGCUGGCCAGGUCUAGGAGCCAAGUCAGAGUUGCGCAUCGUUAGGCAGUGGCCGGAGCUAGAAUUUGUGUUCCCCAAUGAGCAAGCGUAUAGAGAAGCUACUGACAAACGUUAUUAUGUGCCUGGAAAUUCGGUGCCAAUUGAUGUCGACGUUCACCAUAGACAAGGUGAUCAGAAGUCUCGAAUCUUUAUCACAAUACCAAGGUUCGAUGAAGGCCGUCCAAUGACGCUAGGUACAGUCGAUGAUACUGGGAGAGUUUCUGCUUAUCCCGAUUACUCUUGGCACGAAAAUCAAGGACAGAACUGCAAUGGAUUCACAUCUGUAUUUAGAAUCGCUAUAGACGAGUGUAAUCGAUUGUGGGCGAUGGAUACAGGGAAGAUUGGCGAUAAAGAUUACUGUCCUCCCAAAAUUGUAGCUUUUGACUUGACCACUGAUAAUGUUGUCUACACUCACAUCGUCAACGCUUCGAGUUAUAUCCCGACUUCACUAUUCAUUACACCUGUUGUUGAUGUACGAAAACGAGGUACUGACUGCUCGGAUACAUACGUCUAUGUAGCGGAUGUAUCCGGUUUUGGUAUCCUGGUUGUUGAUGUUGCCAGAAAUCGUUCAUGGCGAAUCACGCAUCGUCUUAUGUUCCCGUAUCCAUCUCGAGGCACUUUUACUAUUGAUGGUCAAAGUUUCGAUUUAAUGGACGGUAUUCUUGGCAUGGCCUUGUCUCCCUUACGAAAUAAUGGAAUUGACCGCGAUUUGUACUUCCACGCCCUAGCGUCUACUACUGAGAAUGUAGUGCCAACUUCGUUAUUGCGAAAUGAAUCCUAUCUCCACGAUUCCAAUGCCGAUCCACAAUCUAUUAAAGUAUUUGCAGAAGAACGUCCAAAUCAAGCGGCUGCUGAAGCAAUGGAUCGCAAUGGCAUCAUGUACUUUGGGCUAAUGGAACCACCUAGCAUUUGGUGUUGGAACGCAGCAACUGAAUUUUCUCCCAGAAACUUCCAUCAAUUGGCUGUUAACAGGGAAACAUUGCAAUUUGCUAGUGGCGUUAAAGUCGUGAACAAUCUUAAAGGAGAACAGGAAUUGUGGGUUUUAACGUCUAGUUUCCAAAGAGUUAUGACCGAUACACUGAGCUCAAAUAGAAUUAACUUUAGAAUUCAUGCGGAGAAAAUUAAAGCUCUCAUCGAGAAUUCCCCAUGUAAGAAUUCCCCAAAGGAAAGGCACGGAAGUCACCGUUACCAUGCCAAUCUCAUAACGCCCAGCAGGGGUUACAAAAGUGGGACAUACAAGUAUGGAGCUGUCUCAUAUCUUUAGAAAUUCGUGCCAUGUCUGAUCACUUGCUCAAUAGUUUCAUGUGGAAUUAUUGGCCGUUUAGGUAACAAAAAAGUAUGUUAUCGUCAUAUCAUGUAUGGAAAAAAAUUGUGAUUCCAUGAUACCAGAAUUAGUAGAUAUAGUGAAGUUAACUUACAGUGGUGAGGUAUGUACCUCGCUUCCACCUUGAAAUAAUGCGACUAUAGUUGAAUAUAGUAUAAGACUAUAAAUAUCGCUACAGCGAAUUUAAAAAAUUAUGUUACCAUAGUUCUAAGAUAUGUGUACUUUUUAAAUUACCUAAUGCAAAGUUAUAAUGAAAAAUAAAGAUUAAAUGAAUAAUGCUGUUAUUUAUUUUAAAUAAAUAACUAAAUCUAGA